AUGGAGGACAAUGCAGUUACCAGGUACACUUUGUUUAUCAACAUUGCUAGACUGUUUCAAUUGAUCGAAGUUUUUAUCGCCGUCGUGUUGAUUUCGUGGUCUUCGUCUCGUCUCCCUUCUGUAAUGAAAGUAUCCGGAGAAUAUCUGUUGGCAUUUUCGUCAAAUUUGUUGAAUCAACACGUCGUGUUUUUCGUCGGAAACGUGAUUAUAGUUCUCUGUUAUGUGCUUUCUCGUGAUUCUGUCUCCGGAUAUGAUUCCGAAAUAUCCGACGAGAAACGAAGCUUGUCGAGUGAACUGAAAAUAACCGGAGACGCUUCAAUCGGAGAGUUACGUCCGCCGGUGAAUGAAACGGAAACGGAGGUGGUGAAGGAGACGAUUAUGGAAGAAAAAGGAGACCAGAAAUUGAACGGAAUGAUUAAAACAGAAUCCGACAUGGCGGUUGAAACAGCAAUCAAGCAGGCAGCAAAGCAGAUAGACUGGUUUUCGAGGACGCAAUCGGCGAAGUUGAAGCGCGAGAUUUCACUCCGACGUACACAACAAGAAUUGCGGCGGUCGGCGACGUCGACAACGGCGAAGGGGAGGAGAAACAACAUGUUAGUCACCUCGUUCAAGGGAAGUUCAACGGCGAUAUCAGUUGAGACGGUGGAUAAACUGAGCAACGAAGAGUUUCAGCUUGCUGUUGAGACCUUCAUCUCCAAGCAUCAAAGCUUCCUCAAGCAACAGAGUAUGGCUGAAAAUGGAAUUAAAUUUUAA